AUGGUUGGUCUUUCGGGAGGUUUAAUGGUGUUAUGGAGGAAAGAUUUAGCUGAUUUUUCUGUUAUUGAGACUUCUUCCCAAAUGGUAGUGGGUAAUUUGAAGGUCAGCGGUAAAGGUAGCUGGGUUGUGGCUUCGGUGUAUGGCAGUACUGAUGCUCAGGAAAGGAAGUUGCUUUGGGAUAAUCUUGAAAGGCUUUGUUCAAAUGACCUUCCUUUGGUGAUAGGAGGCGAUUUCAACUGUGUUCUUUCACAAGAGGAGAAAAGAGGUGGGAAGAAAUUCAGCUUGACUCAGGGUUCCAAGGAUUUUAAUAGUUUCAUGAUUAACAACGAUCUUCAUGAGGUUAGAUCUAUGGGGCCUAAGUUCACUUGGUGUAAUAAUAAAUCAGGUAGUGCUCGUAUCCUGGAGAAGUUAGACAGAUGCCUUAUUAACUCCUCGGCUUUAAACAUUAUUCAUCUAGCUCUUAUUAAGCACUUGCCUCACAUUGCUUCGGACCACUGUCCGAUUCUGUUGGAUAUUUUCAAACCGGUGGAGUUUGUUAAAAAGGAUAUCAGAUAUGAAGAAGUAUGGGCUUCUUAG